CCCGUGGCGUCCUGGUUGCUAAGGGGCGAGGAAGGGAAUGGUGCCGCCUACAAGGAAGCCCGGUCCGGGCCGAGGUCCCGGCUCCGGCCCCGGAAGAGGAAAAAGCGACUGAACUACUGCCCGUCUCCUUCCCGGGAGCGUGGUAGGAGGAAUAGACGCUGCCGGGUCAGGAGAAAUACUUAGUGGAGAUGAAGCCUUCUGAUCAGGAUACAAGUCUUUGACCCAUUGCCUUCAAGAGACAGUGUAGCAGAGACUUCCAGGUCAUGUUACAAAUAAGAUGAAGGACUAAACAUUUCCUCCAGUCCUCAGGAACUCAAAACUCUCCCAGAUAAGAAUUAUGUGCAAAGAUGAGGAAACUAAGACACAGAGAAGUCAAGGGGUUUUAUUCAAAGUCACACAAAAGGAAACCUUUUGACAGGAUGUCAGGAUCAGGACUAUAUAAAGUAGAUGAUGGAUGUCAUUAUCUCACCAACUGCUUUCCAGCUAGAAGCAUAUUCAGGUCAAGACAUGAAGGUAAAAGCCACUGGCUGGUGGCCCAAAAAGCUUCCUUAAAGAAGAAAUUCAAGCAAGUAGUGUGCCCACACACAGAAGUUCAGGAAGACCACAAAAAACCUUCCCUGGCACAGAUUCGAAGGAAGAAAUGGACCUCAAUUGAAAGCCUGUUCCAUGUUCCUGCAAAGCACAUCUUAGAUCGGCCAUUUUUGCUGAAGCACCACAGUGUAAAGAGACCUACAGAUUUGUGCGCUGUGAAUAUCAGUGGCCAGAAGAUUGCAAAAGCUAAGGAAAAGGACUUCAGGCACUUUGACGCUGUUGUUUUUAUAAAUGCAUCGGAAAACUUGUUACCUCUAGAGGUAUUUCACACAUUUCCUGCUUUAAAGGAACUGGAACUUUGUUUCAACGGAAUUAAAACUGUCAGCAUCAAGACAGGAGAAUUUCGAUCCUUGGAACACCUGGAUCUUUCAUUCAAUAAUUUGUCUCAAGAGGCCAUCCGUGAGCUAGGAAUUCUGCCUCGCCUUAAGAUAUUGCUUCUAACAGGCAAUGGGCUUACUUCGCUUCCUCCCAACAUGGCUGUCACAGAACCGAACCUUUCCGUCAUCCACCUGACCAACAAGCGCUAUGUGCUAAGGUUCCAGGCUCUGGAGACACUAAUCUUGGAUGACAACAAACUCUCCCACCCUAGCUGUUUCGCCAGCCUGGCCGGACUCAGAAGUCUGAAGAAAUUAAGCAUGGAACAAAACAAGAUUUUCCGCAUCCCAUACCUGCAGCAAGUUCAGUUACCCAAGUUCUGUGAUGAAUCAACCAAGGGAAAAGCUAGUUCCCAGAAAGAAUCUAGCCCUAAACAGAAGCUAGCACAAGGUAUGAAUGGGGCCUUCCUGGAAAGCAAGUCGGGAAAAGGACAACCAGAUUAUGCCAUAUUAUCGAUGAAAAGGGAUGUGGACCGGACAGAGGUUAUAUUCCCAUCUUUCCCUGGAUAUUCAUCCAACCAGGCAAACAAAGUCUAUCCACUUCCUCCCAUAUUUGAAAUUCUUCCUGUGAAGUCACUGAAGGCCCUGAACCAGACAUGGGCUCCACCUUUCCCAGAGCUGAAAUAUCUUAGCCUGGCCCAUAACAAGAUCUCAAACGAGGAUGCCCUCCUCCCUGUGGCUCUUUUCCCGUCUCUAAGGGAGCUAAUCUUCCACAACAAUCCACUGGUGAUCCAUACAAAAGGUGAUCCACCUUUGCUGUACAGCUUCCUCCAGAAAAGACUGGGGAUCUGCUUAAUUCGAAAGCCUACUGAGAAGCUCAAGCGUCCACACGUUGUAAUUCCUCGGAAGUCCAACCGGAAGGUGAGAACCCAAAUUCCGAAGGUCCCAAAGGCCCCCAUCAUACUAGAGCUGCCAACUUCAGAAGUGCCCGAUACAACAGCCCCACCCAUGUCUAGGCGGACCUCCACACUUCUCCCACCUAUCCACUCCUCUACAUCCACCAAAGAGGACUCUCUGAAGACAGACACAUCCAAUGAGAUGACCGGUUCUGAAACAGGGUCGGAUGAUGAUGUGAGGAGCGUAGAAUCCUUCUUCAUGACUCAGGUGACCAAGGUGCAGAGAACUCCCAGAAGCCACAAGCAAGCCAAGUCAUUGGAGGAGGUUAAGAAAAUGAGGGAGAAGGACAAAGAGGCAAAGAAACCGAGGAAACCCAGCACCCCCAUCCCAGAGAAGUACAAAGGUUAUAAGGAACUGAUCCAGACAAAGCCUGACCCCAGCUUUGUGGAGCCUGUGGGAAUCCAACAGAAUGUCAAGGCUCUGUACAAUUUGCUUAAGCAUCCGCUGAUCUAUCGCUCCUCCAAGGCCAAGCUUGAUGCUUUCCAGAAUCCCUAUUGCCCCAAGGAAAAGCAGGUCCCUCGGAGUAAAGUUCCUAGCCCUCGGAAGACCCGAGCACAGUUAUUGGAGGAAAUCUUGUAUCAAAUGAGGAACCCCCAGCAAAUAGUGGACAGUCCACUGAGUUCUGUUCUACAGAAGCGUGCAGAACGCAGGCUGGAGGAUCAGAAGCAGUAUCAGGAGGCCCAGCACCUCCUGAAGGAGUUCAAGACCAGGUACAAGAGAGUGGUGAGGAGCUCCCUGAAGGAAGUCUUUGAUAAAGCCCCAAACUAUGAUGAGAUGGAAAGGAUGGAAGGCCGGCAGAGGCUGUUGGAAAUCCAGGGUUUUCUGCAAGAGUGUGAGGACGAAGAGGAGGAUGCAGAGAACAAGGACUACGUUUAGACCUUCUCAGGGGCUGUCCACCUGCUCACCUCUCUCUGGGGUCUUGCCCCUCCCAGGUCAGUUCUCCCAGGACUGUGGUCUGAGAGACACCUGCAGGUUCCGGGCAAGUUAUUGGGUGGGGAUGGGGGGUGGGAAGAGAGUGGGUCAAACUUACCAGAUGAGCUUUGGUCUUGGAGAAGACCCAGGAGCCCACCCACCCAGGACUCACCUUCAGGGCCAAGGUCACUCAUCAGGGGAUUACUCACACCUACCAGCUGCAAUAAAC